UCGGGUUUCUGGUACUUUAGUCGCGCCUGGGGGACGUCCGGCUCAGUUGGCGUCAGGACUUCGCUGUGGUAGUUUGCCGCGUUUUUCGGAGUAGGGCGCUAAAAGCGCAGCUUCGUCCCGACCUUCGAAAGAAAGGCUGGCCUUAGCCUUUCUUCCGGCCCUAAGGGAGGCGGUGACCGCCGGCCGCUUGAGUUUCCGGGAAGGACUCUGCUCUUCAGACCGCGGGGGCGAGAUGUCCGGCUACGUGAGCGCGCUGUGGCCCGGCUCGCCGCAGGACAAGGGCUCGCCGGCCAGCUCGGGCCGCUCCAGCCGCUCGUCCUCCGGCAGCUCUCGCCCGGCCUCCCGCCGCUCGAGUCGGUCGUCGUCGCCGGGCCGGAGCCGCUCCCGGUCCCGCUCCCGGUCCCGCUCCCGGAGGCGCCACCAGCGGAAGUACCGGCGCUACUCGCGCUCCUACUCGCGCAGCCGCUCGUGGUCGCGCAGCCGCCGGCGCGGGGACAGGCGCCGGGCAUCGCCCCGCAGGCGCCCCGGGUCUCCGCGGCGGGGCCGCUCCCGCAGCCGCUCGCGCUCCCGGAGGUCGCCGCGCGGGCGCCGCCACUACGGCUUCGGGCGCACGGUGUACCCGGAGCAGCGCGGCCGGCGCCGGGCCCGGUCCCGCACGAGGUCCCGCAGCAGGACCCCCUUCCGGCUGAGCGAGAAAGAUCGAAUGGAGCUGUUAGAAAUAGCAAAAGCCAAUGCAGCGAAAGCUUUAGGAACGACCAACUUCGAGCUGCCGGCUAGUCUCAGAGCGGUUUUAGUAGCCAGAGAAACAAGCCAUGGGGCGGCCGUGCCAAAUGAUGGCGCGAAGGCUGAGGUGUCAGAAGAGCUGACAGAAGAUGGAACUAAGAAACUCAGUGAAAAGUCUGCUCAGCAGAGAAACAUAGCUUUUAGUUCUAACAAUUCUGUAGCAAAGCCGGUACACAAGUUGGCUAAAGCUGCUGCUGAAGAAGUAUCUUCAGGGUCACCGAAGAUAGAUAAGAAGAAAAGCCCGUAUGGACUGUGGAUACCCGUCUAGAAGAAGACUAACGGCUAAGAUCGCCCAAAACUGCACUUUAUUGCAAAUUUGUUUUUAGUGUUAUCCCAUCCCUUUGAGCCAUUUAUAGUAAUUGUUGCACACAAAAAAUAGAAGCAUUUAAUAAUCAAAUAUUAACAUUCUAGGUUUCUCUUGCUUCAUAGAGAACUCGAAUGGACCAGAGGUUACAUACAGGUGGGCGCUUUGUACAUACACUUGUAAAUAUUGUAUAAUACCAGCUAUGCAGAGUGAAAUUUGUAAGAUGAAAAUAAACUUUUGUAUAUUUGUUAAUAAACUGAUUUAAUUAUUUUAA